GGGGGGGGAGGGAGGGAGGAGGGCGUUUGGUUUCUUCGCGUAACGAAAAAAAAAUGCCCAUUUUACUCUUUCUGAUAGAUACGUCCGCUUCCAUGAACCAGCGGACUUGUUUGGGUACGACGUAUUUGGACAUAGCCAAAGGCGCGGUUGAGAUUUUCAUGAAGCUGCGAGCCCGAGAUCCUGCGAGUCGGGGCGACAGGUACAUGCUGGUUACGUUCGAUGAGCCGCCAUACGGUAUCAAGGCUGGCUGGAAGGAAAAUCAUGCAACAUUUAUGAACGAGCUGAAAAAUCUUCAAGCUUCGGGCCUCACUACACUAGGGCAAGCUCUGCGGACAUCCUUUGAUUUAUUAAAUCUUAACCGAUUAGUCUCUGGGAUAGAUAAUUAUGGGCAGGGGAGGAAUCCUUUUUUUCUUGAGCCAUCUAUUAUUAUUACCAUGACUGAUGGCAGCAAAAUGACAAAUAAUGCUGGAGUACAAGAAGAGCUUCACUUGCCUCUAAAUUCCCCAUUGCCUGGUAGUGAAUUAACAAAGGAACCAUUUCGAUGGGAUCAAAGAUUGUUUGCACUUGUUUUACGUCUUCCCGGCGCUUCAUCUCUCGAAGCAGACCAACUAGGAAGUGUACCUUCGGAUGAAUCUGCUAUUUCUCAAAUGUGUGAAGUUACAGGAGGUCGAUCUUACUGCGUUCGUACUCAACGGAUGUUAAACCAGUGCCUGGAAUCUUUGGUACAGAAAGUUCAAAGUGGAGUAGUUAUUAAUUUUGAAAAAACUGGACCAGACCCAAUACCUGUAGGAGAAGAUGGUAUUGUUGAGACACCUAGACCCGCUUCUUCAUUUACUCCUCAAGCUUGGCAUAGCUGUCAUAAAUUGAUUUAUGUGCGUCCUAAUCCCAAAACCGGUGUGCCUGUUGGACACUGGCCCAUUCCAGAAUCGUUUUGGCCAGAUCAAAACUCUCCAACACUGCCUCCACGUACUGCUCAUCCUGUAGUAAGAUUUUCCUGUUCGGAUUGUGAACCUAUGGUUAUUGACAAAUUACCCUUUGACAAGUAUGAACUUGAACCUUCACCUUUAACCCAGUACAUACUAGAGCGCAAAUCUCCUCACAAUUGCUGGCAGGUGUUUGUGAGCAGUAGUGGAAAAUACAGUGACCUGGGACACCCGUUUGGUUAUAUUAAGGCCAGCACAACAUUAACCUGUGUAAAUCUCUUUGUUAUGCCUUACAACUAUCCAGUGCUUCUACCACAGCUUGAUGAUUUGUUCAAAGUGCACAAACUGAAGCCAAAUCUAAAGUGGCGCCAAACAUUUGAGAAUUACUUGAAGACUAUGCCUCCUUAUUAUCUAUUGCCAUUGAAAAAAGCACUACGAAUGAUGGGAGCACCCAAUCUGAUUGGUGACAACAGUAUAGAUUGUGGGCUUAGUUACAGCGUCAUUUCUUACCUCAAGAAACUCAGCCAACAGGCCAAAAUAGAGUCGGACCGUAUAAUUGCAUCUGUUGGAAAAAAGACUCCACAGGAGAUGGGAAUUAAAGUUAAAAAUCAAUCUACUGUGUUGUCUCUGGCUCAUCGUAAAGACUUUAAACAGUUGUUGCAAGGAAUCUCAGGUGAAGUGCCAUUGCGACCUAUGGAAUUGAACAUGAAGGAGCUUGCCGGCUUUCAGAUAGCAAUCCUAAACAAGGAAGUUAAACCUCAGACGUACAGAAAUGCUUAUGAUAUUCCCCGCCGGAGCCUCUUAGAUCAGCUAACUAGAAUGAGAUCAAACUUGUUGAAAACAACACAGAGACUGAUUCGUGGGCAAGAUGAAGACUAUCUGCACAGCAUUCCUGUAGCACAAAUGGGUAACUAUCAAGAAUACCUGAAACUCAUGCCUUCACCUCUUCGUGAGAUUGAUCCUGACCAACCCAAACGGCUUCACACAUUUGGCAAUCCUUUUAAACAGGAUAAAAAGGGGAUGAUGAUUGACGAAGCAGAUGAGUUUGUAGCAGGACCACAAAACAAAUUCAAAAGACCUGGAGACCUGAACUCACCAGGAUCGUUGAAGAGAAGACGGAGUAUGUCCCCAUUACUGCGAAGACCACAGACACCACCUAUAAUUAAUCAUGUUGCAGGAAAAGGUUCUCCAAGUUCAGGGACUCAACCACAGCCAAACCUUGUAAAACCUGUCCCGUUGCAUAAAGCUUUAGGUACAAAUAACAUUGCAGCCGUAGAUGGCAGUGGAGAGAAGAAGGUAGAUGAUUCGCAAUCGCUGGAGAAAACAGUUGAUGAUCUGGCACCACAGCCGCAAUCAACAUCAACAUCUGCUUUUACAACAGUUGAAUCCCUGCAGCCCAGUGACUUUCAGUCUAUCCCAGAAGAAGUCAAUCACGUUGAAGAUGUGCUUGAUCAUAAACUAAUGACAAAUGCUCUUAUGAAAGAAUCCAUGGAAUGUCAGAAUGAGACUGAUGAUGAAACUGACAUGGAAGCUGAAGUCAGUUCAGGAAUAUCCUUACCAAACUCUGACAAAGUAUCAAGCAAACUAGUAAUAGAGGGAAACAAUGCUGAACUAAGGGUAAAAUUAAUGAAGGAGAUUCGCAAGCCAGGAAGAAGUGAGUAUUAUAAAAGAAUCUUCAGUUUACUGGAAGAAGUGAAAGGUCCUUUAGAAAUCCAGAGGAGUGUCAUUCAGAGUAUUAUCAAAGAAGCUGCUAGGUUUAAAAGAAGAGUAUUAAUCCAACAAUUAGAAAGGGCACUGGAAGAUAUUGUUUCAAGGUCUCCUUCAGAACAUAUCAACCAUGUCAACAGCAGAUAGUCUAACAUGAUUACUGUGGACCAAAAAACUGUUUGCUUCCGUGUGAUUCUGUGUACCGCGCAUGAACAGCUAGUGGCUACCAGCUUUAUACCAUCUUGUGACUCCAUUGGCAUUAGCUUCUAUCCGAAGAGGAUUUUAUAAGGCGUAACGGUUGCAGGGCUCAAUGAAGAGAAGCUAGAUUCGAGUGGAACCAACAGCCUGACCAACCUUUGCUGUGGGAGGGUGUGAUUAUCUUAAAGAUGAAAGGAAGAGGCCUGCUGAUGCCUUUCCAACAGAUGAUGCCCACGAUUCCUGCUGUUAGCUGAAGUCGUUCAGUUUAAUGUUGUGGAAGCAUAUAUCUGAGGGUUAAGAUACCCUCAGUCCAAAUAUAUGCCAGUUUUUUUGGCAUACAAACCAGGCACUUAAGAGGAGAACAUACAGUUUUAAAAGACGUUGAAUUUGAGGAAGAAACGAUCUACCUCAGACUCACUUCCUGUUUUCAUCUACAGACUUCUUGAAAAUUUACUUGUGGCCAAUUCCUUCCCAGGCCUAGAUUCCAGUUCUGUUUCAGCCUGUGAGGAGGACACUGUUUCUUCAGGUGGACUUGCACUGUGCUUCAGAAGCACUAAAGUGGAUGGAUAUAGCUUCAAAGAGCAUAUUGAACUUUUUAUUGUUCAUACAAGAGAAAUUAUUUUUGGACAGUAUUGUUACAAAAACAUGAAAUUGUCAUAUUUUAAUGUGUAAAAUAACUUUUGUAACUCUUAUCUAUUAAAAAUAAAUACAGUUUAUCAUGG